AUGGCUGAUCAUAGCGCAGCAUACGAUGUGGGAUCGGCGACCUCAACUGUUUAUAAUGACGCCCACACGACUGUUCGGAAAACCCAGCACGUCAGUGCUAAAGGUGAGCACACUCGGCUUAGGCUCCUCUCCGGGCUCAGGCUGUCUCCGUCCGCUGCAGCUGGCGGCGAUCCCUUCGUGCGACUAGUCGCGACAGCGACAGAGCAAAUAAAGGCACUUAUCGUCUGGCUCUCGUCGUUAGAAUGGGAUUGAACUGACAAACUUAUCGCAUAAUAUCUAACAGAUUUGUUUCGAUCACUGAGUUGGGGGGACCGAUUACUCGCGCCCGCGGUCCUCGGGGCGAUGAUUCUUGGAGUUGGGUUGGGCAACGCCAUUCCCGAAGCAAAGCUUUCGCGGGUGUUCGAUGCUGGCAGUCCUGGUUCGACCGCAUCUUGGCAAGGCGUUUCCAUCCGUGAGUCCCCUCGAUUGGCAUUUCGACAUUUGAAGAGUAAUUACCGAUUGGUCUCGGCCACAUUUCCGGUCGAAACAGCCCUCAUGAUCGGUCUCUUGGUCAUGAUUUGGCCGGCGAUGAGCAAAGUGCAGUGGGAAGCAAUUCCGGAUCUGUUUCGUUCCCGGUCGAUCUACAUCCACCUCGGCAUCUCGCUCGUUCUCAACUGGAUCGUGGCGCCCUUCGUCAUGGCCGCGUGCGCGUGGAUCGCGCUGCCAGAGGCGAGCUUGGAUCGGGAACGAAGAGGGGUUCUGCUCGUCGGGGUCGCUCGCUGCAUCGCCAUGGUCAUCAUUUGGACCGGUAUCGCGCAAGGCGAUACUGACUACUGCGCCAUCUUGGUCGUCGCAAACUCGCUGCUGCAGAUCGUCCUCUUCAGCCCUUACGCCGUGCUCUUCUGCAACUACCUCGGUGUGCGAGCUGGAAGUGAUCUUGGCCCCCUCAAGCUCGCCUACAGUCAGGUCGCCAAAAGUGUUGGAAUCUAUCUCGGCAUCCCCCUCGCAGCGGGUGCGGUAACGCGUGCGCUCGUGCUCCUCACACUGAGACCGAAAGCCCGAGCCCGCUUCUUCAACUACUUCGGUCCCCUCGGCGAGAUCGGACUGCUCUACGUCAUCAUUGUCUUGUUCACGAACCAAGGCCGAGCCAUCAUUCACAAUAUCGGCACCGUUGUUCGCAUCUGCGUUCCGUAAGUGCCUCGUUCCCACCCGAUCUUGGCGUGUCUCACUCCCUAUCCCCUAUCUCAGUCUCGUGGGUCCGGGUCUCGCUCUUUUGCGUUGCCAAACAAGAGACUUAAGUGGACGUCAACUGACACGGCACCCCGACUUCUUCCGUGGCCCAGGUUGAUCAUGUACUUCACCAUCGUUUGGACCGUCACGUUCUAUUCCUUCUACAAGUUCUCUCGCUCGAAGUACGGUGCCAUUGCUGGUGGAUACGAGAAAGCCGUCACACAGGCUUUCACUGCUGGGUCCAACAACUUCGAAAUCGCAAUUGCAAUCGCAGUCGCAUCCUUCGGAGGGGAAGUACCAGAGACGUUGGCGGCGACGCUCGGGCCGCUGAUAGAGGUACCUGUCUUGUUAUGCCUGUCUUAUGUCGCGCUCUACCUCCGUGAUCGGAUGGAUUGGGCCUUGGACGCCGCGGUUAACAACGCGAUCGUUGGCGGCCACCACUCGGAUGCUGAAGCUCGCAUAGGAAGGCUGGCAAGCGAGAAAAUGGAGCUAGGGUCCGCGCGGAACGAAGGGGUGAACCAGUGUAGAAGAUUCGGUGUAGCUGUCUGA